AUGCAGCCACAACUAUGCAACAGAUUUAUAGUUUUUGCUAGCGUUCAUAAUUGCAAAAUGCAUUGGUGUUUAUAGUCUCACAUUUCGAUGUAAUUGCGUUUGCACAGUAAUCUGAAUUAAUAAUAAGUCUCCCUUAAUACAACUUGUGAAUUGAAAAGUGGUUCAGAACAAUCAUCUGAAAUUGUUAUGCGUGUAAUUUGUGAUUUUGUUUACUUAUAACCUGUACUAAUCCCUUUUAAUAAGCUGAUGUUAAUCCUUUACUUGAUAUUCCAGAAAGGAUACUUAUAGUCACUUUAUCCGAAUCAACUUUAGAUAUACAAACUUUAUAUAUUAUUAAAUAAAUUUUCCUUUAGUUGCAAAUGUGCAAUUCUCACUCCUAUGCUAUACAGUAUCAUCUUUUUUAUAAUUUGUUAGUUAGAUAAUAAACACCUAAAUGUAUGAAGAAGUUUCGAAGGUUGGACAAGAUAUUAUACAAAGUUAGGAAUCCAAGAAAAUUUAUUGAACAUAUAGAUAUAUAUAUAGCCCUAUUUAAGACCAAAAAAAAAAGCAGAAGAAGAUCACAAGAAACAUUGGUGGGUAUGAUUAAAUGCUUAUUUGAAAGAAAACGGUUACUCAGAAAAAAUCUUUAAUUUCCUGAUUCGUGUAAAAUAUAGUGAUUUGAAUUUAGAAAUAAUUAUUUUUGAGUCAAGAAAGAAAAAUUGA